UCUCCCAGUCAUUUUCUUGAGUUUGUCAGUGUCAUGGAUACAAUAGAAAUGUUGUCUGAACGUGAAGCGGCCAGGGUGGCCGAUGGCGGUAAGGGGUUCUGACCUCCUAUGCCAGUGUCAAGGGGGGAGGAAGGGGCUUUUGAUGCCAUUGAUGGGAAUGAGUUGGUCUGUAUAUAUGGGCACAUCGGUCACUCUGUAUCAUAUAAUUGUCAAGAACCAAGGACCGAUAAUUCAAAUCCUUGGUUAGUUAUUCGAGUUGGGCGUGCUACAUCCUAGAGAAUUUGAUGUAUUUCCAUCUGCUAUGGGACGCUAGACUCCAAUGUUUUGUAGAUUGUUUCAUGGAUCUUCCUGGCAAGGAAGGGAUGCGUUAUGUGAAACCCCUUUUAGAACAUUAGUGUUGCCACACUCAUACGUUCGUGGGGGGAUGGGGGGGGGCGUUCAGUGAAUUCGGCAUAAUUGUAGAAGAUGUGGUUGCCUUAUUUGCAUUACCUAUCAGUGGGUCAGUGUCUGCCCAUCAUUUGUAGUUCCUUGAGUCUCUCCCCACUAAUUUGUUAGAGCUCUGUGAGAUUACUUCGUUCAAGGCCCAUGUGGAUCAAUCAACCUCCUAGGUUAAAAUGUCGCUUGAGGCAUGGGUAGUGUAUUGGUUCGAGAGCCAUGGUAGGGGGGAUGUGAUGGUAUAGUGGGCAGAUGACCAAAGCCUUUUUGCCGCCUUCAUUUUGUACAUCGCAUCCUGUUUCCUCUUCCCAGGGCUUCCUAAUUACAGUCUGCGCACAGUGUUGGUUUCGCUUGUUGUGCUUGCUGCUAGCGACCAUCAACUCCCGUUGACAUCCAUGUUUUUGGAAUAUUUAAAUGAGCAGAUGGAUGACACAGACCAACAAAUGAUGGACCCGAGUUGUAAGAGAUGGAUCAGUUACAUGUUUGCUCCCUUUUUUCCAUGUAUAUGUGCGAGAGUCUUGACCUCAGCAUUACGCCCCACUACCUCUCUCCUAUGAGAGCUACCAUAGCGACCUUGAAUGGGGAUGAAACAGAGGAGAAUUCAUUAGCAGUUUGUCGGGGGAAGCAUUGGCUUCACGCCAGUAGGCAUAAACAGUUUGGAGUGAAUGAGAUCGAACUCAAGCUGGCGUCUAUUGAAGGUUUUUUGUGGAGGCCCUAUACUCAAGCUGUCAAGCAUUCCAUGUUGUUUUGUAUUGGCGCCUUUGUUCCUAAGGAUGGUGACCAGCAAUGUCUUGUGGAGGUGACACAUCUCGUUAUGGGCAUGGCACACCUCAUUCUUUGGCUCGGAGUCAUCACAUAGUUGGACCGUGCAGGUGAACCCCAAGUUGUAGCCUAUUGGCCCGAUAGGGUCCUCCGCCAAUUCGGUUAUGAUGACAUAUGCACUUAGUUUCUUCGGAUUGCAGGGGAGGAUGUAUUCUGGACCCGACAGUAUGAUUUGGCAUUCCUGGGAAGUUCAUGGUUCCCUGUUGCAGGGUACAGGAGGAUUCAAGCUUGUAAGUCCCUCCACUUCACCGACAUGUCCGCAUUGUUCAGGGGCCUCCAAAUGUUCAAACGGGAGAGCCCCCUCCUACGUUAUGUUAUGGACUCUCUAUGGGUCAUGCAGCUGAGUAGGAGCAGGCACCAGCUGAUCUCCCACCAAGCCCUCCAAUUCUAUAAGAGCAGGAGUUCCUGGGUGCUAUGUUUAAGGGCAAGCGCCUUGCGCUAGAAAAAAGGUGAAGGUAGUUGCCCUCCCGCUGCUAAGAGGGCCAGAUCAGCGAGGGUGCCCCGUGCCUUUGUUUCACCCGCGCAAGUGAUGUGGUGUGCCUUUGAGCCAGACGUUGCAUCAUCUCGAGCUAGGGAGAAUCGAGAUGUGGGCUCACCGCGAGCAAACCCUGAAGUGGGCAGGAAGGAGGUUCCAGCCCCGACAACUAAAGUAAGGGAUGUGACAAACAUGGAAUCAACACAGUCAACAGUGCUGGUUCCACCAGCUAGAGUUGUUUCUAUUCGUGUCUCAAGCAGACGUGUGAAGAAAAUGGCUCCACAUCUACGCAGGAGGGAGCUCGAGAAGGUGGAUUUGCAAGUGGAGGUUGAAUAUAUUCAGCCUAAUGCGGAGACCCCAUAAAUCCUCCCUAAAGGUGUUGUGGGUGAAAAGGGCUUUUCAAUGUGGAUCCUUCCACCGUACCAGUUUCACCAAUUAUCAGGCGGCUGGUGUGCAAGCUGUAGUCAUCACAGCCCCCCACUCAAGGUCAAAAAGUGACUGAAGAUCCCCACCCACCACCCCAAACCAAUGAUCCUGUGGGUGCUAGUGUGAAUGAGGAUUUCAUUGCCGAUGACAUUACCCCAACCCUCGCUACGUGAGGAGAGGAAGCCCUACAGGUUUGCAAAGGGAGGCCCCUAGUGAGCCAAUGGGUCAAACUGAGGUUGUCCAAGAAGGCCUGCUGGCCGUCGAGACUCCUAAAGGGCCGGUCUCUAGGUUAGGGUGGCCUGAUGCUGAAGGUCAAGAACCAAUUGCAAUUGAAGUGUUGUCUGAACCAGCAUGCAAGACAAUGGCAGAAGACAUGUGUCAUGAGGAAGAGGCUGCAUCUACUAGUCCUGUUAUGCCUGGUGUUCUUGGAGGUGUAGUAGCUAUGGGUUUGGAGGCUCAUCCCGAGAGUGAAGCUAUGGGUUUUGAGGUGGUGUCACCACUCGAGGCUAUGUCAUAUGACAAGGAACUUGUGCUAAUACGACAAGAGCUUAAGGAGUACUGUGAAAAGAAUGAUAUCACUCCCCUGAGCUACACAAUCAUGGACCCUGUCUCUAUCCAAGGUCCUCACAAAAACAACAAGCAUUGCGUAUCAAGCUCUAUAGCGAAGGCUGCUUCAAUCAUUAUUCAGAAGGGUUGGUUGUCGUUCGUUGACAUUCCUCCGGUGGUCAUAGGGACGUCUUUGAACACAAUCACAGCGAUGAUGAAUUGUAUCAUGGACCAAUCUACUGAUGAUCUUUCAUGGUUUGGGUUUUCCCAAUGGCUGAGGACUUGGGAGUCCUUUGCUACUCUCGGCUUUCAAAUUGACUGGAUUGAAGAGUGAGUGACUUUGUUGGCCCACACAUUUUGGAAGGCUUGUCUCAAGGGGUCACAGUGUCUCUCUGGUCAAUCUCUAAAGGAUGUAUGCCUUCGCCUCAAGGUGGUUGAAGCAAAUAUGUCGAAGGCAACUAAGAAGCUAAAUGCCCUUCUUGACGAGUGCGGUCGUUAGCAAAAGAUGGGGUCGCAAUACGAGGUGGAACAGAAGGAAUUGCUAGAUUUUGAGGUACGAAAGCAGGGUCUAGUAGAGAUAGAAAAUAUGAGGAAAGGGUGGUAUUCCAUGUGAAUUGUAAGUGUACCUAAUACCUUGUAAAACACUCAAAUUUUGUAAUGAAAGGCCAUAGUUU